UUUUUUUUUACUACAGUUCAAGUCAAGGUGGAAAUGGCCCUGAAGGUUGAAAAUUACAACUACACGAAAGAGCUGGAGAAUAAGUCAUCGCCACAAUACGAGGCAAUCGCAAAAAACUUUACCGAGGAGGUAUGAUUUCUUCCAUCUUUCCAUUCCCUUUCUCCCCAUUCCUAUUUUUUCUCCCACGCUCAUCCCUUUUUGCUAUCCUCUCCAAGCCUCCCUCCUUUCUUUUCCUCCUUCCUCUGUUCUUUCUUCUAGUCUCCAUUAAUUCCCUCUUCCCUCCCUCAUUCCCCUCCCAACCUUACCUUCUCUCUCUUUCUUACCUCUCUCUCUCUUCCUCGUGUCACCUCCUGCCCUCCUUUCUUCUUUCUCCUCCCUUCCCAUUCUUCUUCCUCCUUCGUUUCCCCUUCCAACACUCCACCAUUUCUCCCACCCUCUCACUCUCUCUUCAGUCCUUCCUCCUUCCCUCCUUUUUCCCUGGAUUCUUACCUUCCUCCCCACUGUCUGUUCGUACCACUUAUUCCACCGAAUGACUUACCAACCAUCUUUCUCUCUAUCUGUCACCUCGUCAACCCGUUCAAUAGCUUCGAAUGCAAGUGUUUAGAGAGUUCUAAUAACUGAAAAAAAAGCAACAUCUCUUGUUAUGUUUCAGAUGGACAUCGUUUACAGAAAUACUUUAGGAUACAUGAGAACGGAGGUUUUGAAAUUGACGUGAGUACUAGAGCGUAUUCCUAAUUCUUAACUCCACAGUUAAAAACUCAAAAUAUUUCAUUUUGGCGUGAAUCAGUCUCAAUAGUAUCUAGUAGCAUAUCUCUUAAUUCAUGUGCUGUAUUGAUCUAAGCGUGGACAAACUAUAUCUAUGAUCUCCAUGGCACAAAAAUUUUAUCGAAAAAGUCGCUUUCACUUAUCAAAGAUAAAUAGCAAACAAUUCCUUGAUUAUUGAGAAAUGCAUAUGUAAGUCGUUAUUGCAUAGAGCUAAUAGACCCUCUGACGCCCUUCAUAGUAAUCAAUCCUCACACCAACGAUUUUGAGAUCCGAUUCCCUACAACUGAGUAACCAAUGUGAGAAAGGUGUUAAGUUUCAUGCUCGGAGAAAUAAUAAAGAAAUGGUUUCCCUUUAACUUGACCCCUGAUUUCCAUUUUUCUAUAAGUUACCACGUUAUAAAUCAUUGUAGCUACAGUAUGACUAUUUUCUAAAACGACUUUUGUCCCUUAAUAUUUUAGGAAAGGAAGUGUGGUAGUGGAUUUCAACAUUAUCAUUCAAAUUGUAACAACCGAUCCAAAAAAUGAAACAACUACCGUAGAUAAAAAGGCCUCAGUCGUCCAGACAACAAUUAAAGAAGCCAAAGAUGGGUUUGUAGGACGGCUAAAAGCUUCCAAAGUUAUUCCAAAGAGUAAGUGUGCCGUGGUGAAACUGGGUAUUUACAUGUUUUUUAACACUUUUGAGCGGAAUUCGAUAUUUCCCAGGACUCCAGUCUCUUACUAUGCUUCUUUCCACCCAGAAGCAUGGAUAUGUAUGAAUGGGUGAUAACAAACUGCCACUGCUCCUGAAACGUAGCAAAAUUGCAGAGGAAUUACCUGUCAUGGAGUGGUUUAAAAUCCAGGAGAAGUAGGAACACUCCUGGUAUCCAAUUUCCCCUGAAAGUAUCAUUAAUUGCUAACUAAGAGAGCUUUUGAUUGUUGAACAAAUACUCCUGUUGGGAAAGUGGGUAAGAAAGAAUUAAUGUCAAUAGACGUUACAUAAGGAGGCUUUUCUUGCAUUAUGUGAUUGGAAGGAUAUGAAGAAACAAAUAAGCAGCAAUAUAAAAAAACACUCGCCGUUAUUAGAGUAAUUUUUUAGAUGUUUCUGUUACUUUAAUACUUGCACCUUGUUUCAUCGUUUAGCCCUCAGAUUAUCACUUUGAUUGUCCACUCUUUUCGAAAUUUAUGAUCAUUUCCUAUCUAUUCUUCAUUUUUAGCCGAACCUCCAGAGCCUAAUGGUGUGGAGAUCUUUGAUAUCAAAUCAGAUGAGCUGAGCAUUCGAUGGAAACCGUCGGAAGAUGCUGAAACUUUCGACGUUCGCACUUACUCGGUGCAAUACAGAGCAUAUGGUGAAAAGACCUAUAGCGAGCAUAAUCAAACAGCAACCACUGAAACUACAGACCACUCGUACAGGAUUAAGUCUCUCGAACCUGAGACUGUCUAUAUGAUACGGGUCGGUGCUGUUAACCCGUAUGGACCCAACUUCAACGAGGAAACUGGCCAUGAAACCGAACCCGCACGUAAGCCAUUUUAAGUUAUAUACAGCAAUUUGUAAAAUUGACAAAGUUAUCCACAAGUAUUCGGUGAAUUUAAAGUUUUUUCACUGUUUUUUUAACCCUCACACGUGAUGUCUCGUGCUAUAAUUUUUUUAUCUUUAGUUUUAUGCAUUACUAUCGUACCUUCGCAAUUUGUAAGCGUCUAAACGCAGGUCGUUAUACUCUGGCAAACAUGUAUUGGAAAUUUCGUCUUCCUGUUGUAAAAUUUCGAUGGAUUCCCUCGUUUCGAAACUAGGUAGAGAAAUUUUGAAUUAGAGUCAGGCUUUAACAAGCCAUUUUAACACUGUAGUGCUACUCACAUCUUACACCAAAGGGCUUCUUACCUUGUAAUCUUACGCCAUAUGCCCCGUCUCGUCUUACCUAUGGCCAUUCCUUUAAUACUGAUACAAAGCCUUUGAAAAAGGUCAACAAUGUCAUGUGUGGCUUUCAUUCUGAUAUCAUACAUAUUUUUUAUUACAGCUUUGGCAUGGUGGAUUAUUGUCUCGGCCGUGUUAGGUGUACUCUUGAUUCUUGGCAUACUCAUCGGCAUUAUUGUGUACAGACGAAAGAAAGCGCGGGAAAGAAAGAAAAGAGAAACUCGAUUUCGAGCUCUAAAGGUACCAUAACAGUAGAUACAAUUAUUGCGUCAAUCCCAUAUAAGCAUAAAUCAGAUACCGAUAUAUCAAAUAUCACGAGGGUGAGAACUCAAGGUAAAAAACAACAAAGCUGCUUAAAGCGCUUUUAAGAAAGUGGUGUAAGUUUCUGGAUUAGUCACACAACACAGCAAGGCAACUGAACCAGAGUAAUCCCGGAUUACUUUGGAAACUCAAUUGAAACAUUUCUCCAUCAGAAUUAUAGCGUACGGUACGAAAGUUUCUGUCGACUUAUCCCUUCCGUUUGACUAAAAUUACACCAUCCUUGGUGUGAAAUCACUGGCUGCACACAUUUUUCUCUUUCAGAACAAAGUCGCAGUUUGCCAUGAUGAGGAUGUUGGAGGAUUAACAUACUCGUUUACAAACGCUGCUUACAAGUCGGGCGAGAUGAACUGGGAAGAGUUUCCCUACGAGAAUAUUAAACUGUUGAGUGAACUAGGUUCGGGAGCCUUUGGCGUCGUUUUUAAAGGAGAGCUGUUACAAGAUAACGGGAAAAUCACUCCUUGCGCUGUAAAAGCUUUAAAACGUAAGUCUUGCAUGCAAGGUUCACGUGUAGCAUGUUAAGCAGUCAGCUUGUCAGUUUUGAUCAAUCAGAUAGGUAGUCAGUUAGUUAGUCCGUUAGUAAGCCAGUUUGGCAGCCAGACAGUCAGUGAACUAGUCAGCUAAUCAACUAGGAAUUAAGACAGUCUGUCAAUUAGUCAGCCAGACACCCAGCUAGACAGCUAGCCGAGCCAGCCAGCCUAGUCAGUUAGUCAGUCAGUUAGCUGGUCAGUCAACCGGUGUGUUGGUCAGUCAGUCAGUCUGUCAGUUGGUCAGUCAGUCAGUCAGGUAGUCAGAAUGUCAGUCAGUCAGUCAAUAAGUCAGUAAACUAGUCAGCUAGUCAGUCAGCCAGUCAGCCAGUCAGUGAGCUGGUCAGCCGGCCAGCCGAUCAGCCGGUCAGCCAGUCAGCUUGUCAGCCAGUCCGCCAGUCAGCCUGUUAGCUAGUCAGCCAGUUGGCCAGCCAGCUGGUCAGCCAGUCAGCCCACCAGGCAGUUUAUUGGCCAGUCAGUCUGUUGGCAAGUCAGCCAGUCGGCUGGUCAACCAGUCGGCCAGUUGGCCAGUUAGCUGGUUAGCUGGUCAGUCAGAGAGGCACUGAGGUAGUGAGUCAGUAUGUCAGUGAGUCAGUGAGUCAGUGAGCCAGUGAGCCAGUGAGCCAGUGAGCCAGUGAGCCAGUGAGCCAGUGAGCCAGUGAGCCAGUGAGCCAGUGAGCCAGUGAGCCAGUGAGCCAGUGAGCCAGUGAGCCAGUGAGCCAGUGAGCCAGUGAGCCAGUGAGCCAGUGAGCCAGUGAGCCAGUGAGCCAGUGAGCCAGUGAGCCAGUGAGCCAGUGAGCCAGUGAGCCAGUGAGUCAGGCAAUCAUUCAGUCGGUCAAUUAAUACUUAUUACUUGGUGGUCAGUCUCUUUAUGAUGACAUCGCCACAAAUUGCGAUGUUCAAGUAGCCAAGAGAUACUCUCCUGGGAAAUUUGAUGUUGACUUUCUUUAUAUUUCCAUGAAUAACGAAAAACUCUUGUGAGCAUUAUAUAAGUUACAUGUAUAAACCUGUUUUCAAUGUCAGCAAAUUUCACCCUUCUUUAAUUAACAGCAACUGCCACAGAGGUGGAAAUAAAAGACUUGUACAAUGAGUUGGAAAUCAUGGCUAAUGUAGGACACCAUCCGAACCUUGUGAAUUUGAUCGGAGCAUGCACUCAAGAUGGUCAGUAAAAUACUUGAACGAUCAUUCAGAACCCAACAGUAACCCUUUUACUCUAAAAAAUUAAAGUGCAAUUCUCCCUUCUAGUUAUCACACAUUUAUUACUCAAUUAGUUAUGAUUAAGUGGUGCUUUGACUCUCAAGCUCCUCACAUAUUUGGUGGAUAAUGUAUCAAUAUCAUGAGAAGAAGUUACACGUCAAUGACCUCUGGUAGUUGCUUGGGAAGUUAAUUCACAUUUAGUGCAACUUUUAGUCUGAUUUUUUUUAUGUUUGUUUGCAAUCCUUUAAAAUCUUUUUAAUCUUUUACAUUCUCGCUUCUUCCUCAUUCAGUCGUACUAUUUUAUUGUGAUUCUUUUUCAUCAAACCAAUAUUUUGUGUUUUCAUUUUACGUCAAAAGUAACAUUACACAUCCAAUAGAACUACCCAAUUUCCUAAGCUCGUCAUUUGCAAUCAGAGUAAAUUUUCUUCAUUCUUUGCCAUCCUCGUUCCUUUGUUUCCAUUUUCAUGUUUUUUACCUAACCAACCUAACAAUUGCUGUUUUUCCUUAUAAUGAACGUCAUUUUACAUGUCAUAACCGUAAUGCUAAACAUUUUGCAACUUGGCGCCCUUAAUGUUUGAAACUGUUUUAGACAAGCCCAUUGCUUUCAUUCCAUUCAUUUCUUUAUCUCUAGACCACCUACUUGUUAUAAUAGAGCUAGCAGAAAACGGCUGCUUGUUAGAUUUCUUAAAACGGUACAGACAACAAGAUGGAAAUAACACUAGAAGCGGCUUAACAGAACAUAUGAAAACAUCGAUAGCCGUUGAUGUAGCGCAAGGAAUGGCACAUUUAGCGGACUGCAGGGUGAGUUCAAAGUAGUAGGAGGAACAUUCUAAGCAUACUUACUUUUCUUCCUGCCAUAACCCCGCCAACCCUCUGCACUGUCUAGUCUACCGAUUGUUUUUUCUUUUGUAAUUUAACCUCUGACACAGGUUUCCCGUUAGAAACUGUAAUACUGUAAUGUAUAAUGUGAGCUGAGUAGGCGGCAGAGUUGAAGUAUGCCUUCGUGGCAAGCAUGGUGUGUUACAAAGCAACACGCCCCGAGAAGUGGUUUCCAGCAAUCUGAAACAUUUGUAGCCAACGGAAAUUGUCUGACAGCCGCCUACCGCCUCUUAAUGCAUGGCAGGACUGUGACAGUUGGGGAUCGGAUCUAUCAAUAUCAUUGAUAUUUUUUCUUCUUUCACCUCAUUUUCUACUUGAAAUGUUUUGGUUUUUGUUUGGGGACAUUUCUCCAUAGAGUUACGCAAUAAUGUAAGAUGACUCGUCAUUCUUGGUUUUGAUUCUGUGAACUGAAUACCUUUAUGAUACCAUUCAAACGAUGGGUGAAUUUCAAUAAAGCACAAACUGCUGAGAAAUUUGAUUUUUGUCAAGUGACUUUAACAAAUACCUACAACAAUCAAACAUGACUUGGAAUUUUGUUUGUAUCAGUGUAUCCACCGAGAUCUUGCAGCAAGGAAUGUUUUGCUGGGGAAGGACUACGUUGCCAAGGUUUCCGAUUAUGGUAUGGCCCGUAGUAUGUAUGAACAGCUGAUGUACAAGAAAGAAACUCAGGUAAAUUACUCGUUGAAAGUGCUAAAAGUAUAUAGACUUACAAAUGUAAUAAUUUUUUGUAGUUCUCAGAUCUGAUUCGUACACCCUCCGUACAGCUGAUCUUCAUGUUCUUGUGCUCUACAUUAUGACGGUUUCGUGUUCAAAAUGUCUCUUUUAAUGGAAAGAAUUUGAAUUUGGCAGUAGUAAUUCCAUGAGGUGGCUCUUUUUUUCCACUAUUUGCAGGUCCAGUUGGAAUUUGGGAAGGUGGUUUUUUUGUGAAGGAGGGGGGAGGGGGGGGUGGGGAUAACUGGAUGACCCGGAAGAAACCCCCGGGGAGAGGACGAGAACCAACAUAAAACUCAACCUUUAUAUGACGCAAGGUCCAAGAGCAGCCUCACCACUGCGUUAUCUCUUCUUCCCAAAAUUUCUUAUAACGUAUAAUUGGAUAAAAUCAUCUGGCAACCCAAGGCCAACCUAAACGCAGUCAUUCUGUCGAACAAUUUCAAACUCAUGUAUUUGAUUCUUUCAUUUGCUGCAUUCAGGGCAAACUUCCGGUUGAAUGGAUGGCUAUCGAGUCCUUGGAGACAUACACUUUCACGAUGCAAUCUGAUGUGUAAGUCACUUUAAAUGGCCAUAGGGUAUGAGGCUAAAAUCCUGACUGAAAAGGUCAUCUACCGAUAUAAGCCCCUGAAAUUUCGUAAUUUUCCUUGACAGUUCACCAGCACCCCGCUUUAUACAUUUAGCCAGAGGGAGGGAGACUGUGACUUUAGAACGAACUAAGAUAUUUCAAACAGUACAAAAUAUCUCGCUGAUUCCAGAUACUAAUUUUUCUUAAAUCUAUAUAUAAUGGGCAAAAGAUUAAUUUUUAUUUUCAGGAAUCUUUUUAAUCUUUAAUUUGCUUUUGUUUUAACGCAGGUGGGCUUAUGGAGUACUGCUUUGGGAAAUAGAAUCAGGAGGUAGGAUUUGUUUCCAUCUAGUACUGAGUCGGAUGCAGAAUGUAUCUGAGCGAGUCAGUUGCAGUUUCAUUUGUCAUUCAACAUUGUGAUGCAUUUUCUAAAAAGAAUACACAACGUUCAAAAUUUUCAAAACUGCUUUCUGUCAGAAGUUCGCGUUAAAUGCUUAGGAAAAGAAGUCUGUUGCGUGACAUUUUUUUGUGUAUGAACCUAAGAUGAUGACGGGUAGAUUGAUGUUCAUAGUCAAUUUUGAAACGGUGAAGCUUCGAGCAUUGGGUGGUUAGAUUCUGUGUAUUAGUCAGAGUAGAAAUCUUGGCGUUACGUGUCUUAAAAACGACAUUUAAGACGGCUAAUGUAACUAAAAAAUAUUCCCUGCUUUUAGGGUUGAAACCUUAUGCUGGCGAUAGCACCUCGGAACUGAUAGAAAAGCUAAAGAACGGAUACAGAAUGGAAAAGCCUAACGGAUGUUCAGACGAAAUGUAAGAUAUUCUUACAUUAUUCUUGCUUUUAAAGGCUUGCCAUAAUUUUUAUUUCUCGUUGACUAUUUAAACGUAUACUACACCGAGUACUCAAAAAAAAAAUAUAUAUAUAUACAUCGAUCCACUCGGUUUGACAAAUCGACAGUGGUUUAGAGUGGUUUGUUAUCGACAACGAUAUCCGUCAUCAGAGUGGUCCACAACAUUUCGAUGACAAAUAUCGCUUUCGACAGGAGUACAGAUCUCGCUAAAGCACUCUCGAUUUAUUUUCCACCAUAACAUCGACAUCAGAAUUUCCACGUCAUUUAUGUUUGAGAGCUGAUAAAUGUAUUGCGUGACACAUUGACGCAGCUGCUUCGUCUGUACUCUUACCGACUACAGCAAAUUGGUCAAUCAGAAUGCGAAAUUACUGCCAAUUGUGGUAAAGAAAAUAAGUAGAGGUAAUAAGCUAUUUGGGAAACGAUCAGGGCAGUGCUUGUAUAAGACAGAAUUAAGCCUUCAGUUUUCUUUUUUUAACAAAUUUUGCAAAACACGUAAAUGGUGGAAAUGUUUAUCUCAUUCCUUAAUGAUGUGAUAUAGAUUACAUUUCGUAAUGUCUGAUAUAGAUUACAUUUCGUAAUGUUUAUGAAAUGAGGACAAAGUUUCCAAACUACCAAAAUUAAAAAAAGAUAUGAGUUCUCGACUAAACGCAGCUUUAUGCGACCAUUUUUUUUCGUUUUAGGUACCAGGCAAUGAGAGAUUGUUGGAAUCCAAAUCCUAACGCAAGACCAAAUUUUGACGAAUUGAUUGUCCGUCUCGAGAGCACAAUCAUGGCUUAG